AUGGACGAAGAACAGUGGAGGUAUGAUACUAUCAUGUCUGAAAAAGUUGAUAUAAAUGUUGAAAAUGAGGAAGAUGUUGGCGUGAAAGUAGAACACGUUGAUUGCUCUGAUGCCUUUAAUACUUCUCAAUUGUUUGCUACCGUGAUGAAGUUUUACAUUGGACUCGAUCAGUGGCUUAUGAAAUUGGAUUUUACCGACAAAACUAAUAGGUACAAACUGUCAUUGCUUGAUAUUGUUGGUGUUACACCAACAGGAAUGACAUUCUCUAUUGUUUUUGCUUACUUGGAAGGAGAACGUCUUAACAAUGUUUUUUGGGCUCUACAGCGGUUUUGGGGUCUUUUCAUGAAAGUUGGUGCACUCCCUGGGGUUAUUGUUACCGACAGAGAUAUCUUUGAUGAAUGCAGUGAAAAUUAUCAAAGGUUAUGUGAGGCUGAAGUGACCAUAACUGAGGAGAUGGAAACCAUAUCGAAACGAUUUAAGCAGCUUGAUGUUUGUGACAAAGUACAUUUGAAGACAAAGCUUCGGGAAAUUGCUUAUCCUGAUUUGAACUCUAUGUGUCCUCCUCUAGAAAAGGAUUCUAUUGAAAACAUUAUUGAUGUCAAAGCUGAUGGUAGCUGUGGUUAUCAUGCAAUAGUUGUCUUAUUGGGUAUGGGUGAAGAAUCGUGGUCAUUGGUGCACAACCAUAUGCAUAAAGAACUCACAAGCUGGUCGGAAGAGUAUAUCAACCUACUUGGUGGCAUAGAGAGAUUUGAGGAAUUAAAGUGUUCCUUACUUGUUGAUGGAUUAUCUAUGGUUACCAUAGACAAGUAG